AUGGCACAAGCCGAGGGCCACUGGUUUCUCCUCUCCGACACCCCCUUCCUCGCGCGCGGCGCCCAUGCCGUCGCGAUCACCGACGCAGGCCUCCUCGUCGUCUACGGCGGCGAGCUCGCGCCCCGCACCCCCGUCGACACCGGUCUCGGCCGCGAUCUCACUCCGCGCGGCACGCUCCACGCCGUCGCAGCCGAAACCCUCCCGGAGCCCCGAGUGGGUGCGGCCGCCGUCUGGUACGACGGCGCGCUGUACAUGUGGGGCGGCCGCGGCGGGCCUGACAUGGCUCCUCUCGACGCGCACCAGACGGGCGUUUGGCGCGCGACGUUUGGCGGGGCGGCGGGCAACCGAGGCUCGGUUCGGUGGGAACGCGUCGCUGCCGCGAACGAGGCGGCGGCGCCGGCCCCGCGCAGCUUUCACACCGCCGUGGUGCACGGACACAUCAUGUACAUCCAUGCCGGGUGCCCCGAGAGCGGCCGCCUGAACACCCUGCACGCCUUCGACCUCGACACGAGCACCUGGGAAGCUCUCGCGUCGGCACCCGAACCCCGCGCGGCGGCACCGCGCUUGAAGCAUCCAGUGUCGUGCGUCGAACACAAGCUUACCUUCCCUUUUCCAGGGUUUUGCGGGCAAGAGCUCCCCUCCGCGAUGGGCGAGCUCGACGUUUACGUGAUCUCCGAAGACAAGUGGCUCACUGUCCAGCCGGUCGCGGAUGCCGUGCACGGCUCGCCUGGCGCGCGGUCCGUGCACGGCUUUGCGCCCUUCCGCUCCCCCGCGCCGACGCCCGCGCUCGCCCACGGGCUCGCGGUCCUCUACCACGGCGAAGGCGCCCCCUCGGCGGAAGGACACGCCGGAGCGGGUCACUUCUGGGACGACGCGUGGGUGCUCAGCAAAGGCGACGACGGCUCGGACGACUGGGACCUCCGUGCAGGGUGGGCGUGGCACCGUCUGCACACCACCGGCGACGAGGAGCAUGCGCUCGACCCGCCCGCCGGGCGUGGAUGGUUCCCCGGCGCGAGCUGGUGCGAUCCAGCCGGGCACACGCAGGCCGUCCUAUUUGGCGGACUGCUCGGCACGAACGAGCGCACGGGCGAGCUGUGGGAGAUGGAGGUCAAUUGA